AUGGAUGUCAGCGGAAUCAGGCCCAUCUUCACUGGAUAUCCGUUCCAAGGACAAGGGCGAAUGAAUCAGCUAGGUGGGGUCUUUAUCAACGGACGACCUCUCCCUAAUCAUAUUCGCCUGAAAAUCGUAGAAAUGGCCGCCGCGGGAGUCCGACCUUGCGUGAUCUCCAGGCAGCUCCGCGUUUCUCACGGCUGUGUUUCGAAAAUCCUGAACCGAUAUCAGGAGACUGGGUCCAUCCGCCCGGGCGUGAUAGGCGGUAGCAAGCCUCGAGUGGCCACACCGGAAGUCGAGGCGAGAAUCGAGGAAUUAAAACGAGACAAUCCGGGAAUAUUUUCUUGGGAGAUUAGGGACAAGCUUAUGAAGGAGGGUUUCACGGAUCCGCCGAGCGUCAGCUCCAUCAGUAGACUUCUCCGGGGUGGCCGGCCGGGGGAUGACGGAAAGAAGGAUUACACCAUCGACGGCAUCCUGGGCGGUGGUCGCUGCGGUGACGAUUCCGACACGGAAAGCGAGCCGGGUAUACCGCUAAAGCGAAAGCAACGCAGAAGCAGAACGACGUUCUCCGGCGAACAGCUCGAACAACUGGAAGCUGCGUUCCACCGAGCUCAAUAUCCGGACGUUUACGCGAGAGAGGAGUUGGCCCAGAGGACUGGACUGACCGAAGCGAGAAUCCAAGUGUGGUUCAGUAAUCGCAGGGCGCGUCUCCGCAAACACGCCGGUAGCAUAACCCACUCGCCGAUAAGUAGCCUGCCACUGACAACCUGCCAAUACGCGGCGGCUAGUCAUCAGGAUCUCGCGCAGAUACCGCAGGUACCGCAGAUGCCCGGCGGAAUACCGCAGGUACCCACGACGCUGCACCAGGCAGCCAGCGGCAUGCACCAAGUGCCGAGUACCGUCGCCCAGAUGGCCCAAGUGCCCACGACGAUGAGCGGCGGCCUUCAGGGACCCGCGGUUACCAUCUCCGGGCAUCUCGGCUCGCUUCCGGCGCACACGGCCACGAUGCAACUCGCGCAAGUGUCGACGAUGCAGCCACCCGCCGCGCACGGCGCACCCACGUCGCUCUCGCACAACAGCGGUAACACCGACUGGUCGAGAACGCAGCUUGGUUGGGGGCAGUUUAAUCAUUUUCAAAGCGGCGAUUACGGAUCGAGUCACGCGGCUCAUCAGCACGGCUCGCACGCGAGUCAAAAUACUCCGUCCUCGUGUACCACGAAUACAGCGACAACGCCGGACUGGUACGACCAAGGCUACGAUUACACUUCGCACGCGCAGCUUAAUUACCACCGCACUAUGGGUGGAAUAUUUUAG